UGUGUCUCAGGUGUCAACACUUAUAUACACACACACACACCCACACACACACACACACACACACACACACACUCACACACACACAAAGACGCUGAACUUUGCAACGACGUGAUUUGGACAUUUUCUCCUGCAAUCAACAGCGGAAACAACGUUAAUUCGCAGUGAGAAGAAGGAGUUUAAGAAAUUUGCGCCCCGCCAUCCUCAUGAGAGCAGUGGCAUCAUGAAAUCACUCUACAUUUUCCUGCUCCUCUACUUCCUGUGGGGCUGCUUUGAGCCAUCAAGUCAACAAAGAGAUGAAACCUGCAACUCAACAGCACCCUGCUCCGUACCAGAUGCAGCGUCGGGCUUCCUCCAGUGCGUGGGCUUACCUGCAUCAGAUACCGGACGAGAUCACUUGCGAAAUCUGAAAGGAAUGCUGGAAGCGGCAAUGGACGUGUUCACCUUCAUGAGGUCCAGUGCAGAAAGAGUGCCACUUUUCCACCUGCUGGCAAAUAUGACUUUGGACCCCGAAGCAGACCCCCUCCAUAACGAGGCCCUGGUGAAGAUGUGGCUGGAGGUCAAGAUGAAACCAUUGUUGAAAUCCAUUAACAGGCACAUGCUGGCCUGUCUCAGCACCAAGAACUUCAGCUGCUCCGCCUACCAGACCGUCGUGAAGGAGCUCAGCCACCAUUUCUCUGAGAUGAUUCCUGAGAGACAACAAUGGGUCUACUCAUUCUUCAUGUACCCGUUCCUGUCGGGAAAUGGAGUAGCUGGUUGUGUACAUCCAAACGAGAGCAGUGAAGACUGGCUGUUGAAGAAUUUUGGUGCCUUCAGUGUUAUGGCCAGAAUGAACGACCUCUCGACAAUCAACAUCAUCUUCGAUGGCCUGGAAGUUCUUAACCUGCUGUCCUCGCAGCAGAAGGCCGAGCUGCUUUUGAGGCCCGAGGUGGGAGGUUUGAGCAACGGCUCUCUUCACCUCGUAUUCCACAGUUUGAUGGCAGAUGGCCCACCGGGCAUCUAUGGAGGAAACCACAACCGGACCGGGCCCGGGCAUUCGUAUCCUCCCCCGCCCACUGACAGCCCAUAUUUACCAGCAUCCCCUCACAACAGCCUGGGGGAGGUGAUCAGAGGCAUCAUGAUGGCUGUCAAACCCAUCGGCAGCUUUGUUCAUGAUUUUGUGUGGUUCACCAAACAGAGGAACGUGUCUGAAAUAAGAGGCAGCACUAUGACGCAGUUCUUUCUCAAUUGGACACUGGCGGAGAUGGCCAGUAUUUACAAACCAAGGGAUCCUCCGCAACCACUUGAUCCCGUGGAGACGCCGGAAUGCAACACGACAGAGAUAGAGGACUGGUACCUACGUGUGGUGAUGCCCGUUCUGCGGAGGUUCUCCAAGGACGACCAGUCCCUGAGGAGUCCCCGCCUCAAGCUCGCCUUCUGUUACAUGUACAAAAUGGAUCACCAUAUUGACUAUGAAAUUGAUGAAGUCCAGGAUGUGUGCAGUGUCACUCUCAAUGGGAAUCCUUGUGGGAUGACGGACGCGGUAGAAAACGUGGCCCACAUUAUGCACUGUGCCGCUAAAACCAACCUGACUCUGACUGAGGGGAACAUCAUGAGGCUGAUUUUGGAGUUGACGAACCGCCUCAACUUACUGAUCAAUGAGUUUGCCACAGCAAACUUCGCAGAGGUGUCGUAUGACUUCAGGCAUGUCUUUGAAGAAGCUAACGCUGUCAUGGAAAACCUGGAAGACCCGGAGUUCAUUACCAUGUGGUUCUAUGUAAAGUUGAUGCCCCUCCUGCCCAAAAUUCCCAAUGACUUGCUUUUCUGCCUCAGCAACAAGAACUUCUCGUGUCCUGCCUACCAAACUAUUGUUGCUCUCCUUAGCCAACACAUGAGUGACUGGGAUUCCAGUUCAGUGUACCAUCCCGAUUCAGUGUACCGUUCCGAUUCAGAGUACCGCCAAAACAUCUACAGUACCUUCAUCUACCGCUUCAUGAAGAGAUCUUCUGGGCUUCAUCACAACAUGUCCGAUGUUUGUUUCUCAGCCAAUAACAGCAGAGAGUGGCUGUUGAAGAAUUUCGGUUCCUUCUCGCAGUUCGCAAACGUGACAGACUUCCAUAACCUCAACCAAUACUUCUCAGGACUGGACGUUUUGGAUCUCCUUUCUCCGCAACAGAUGGCCCAGAUGAUGAUCCUACCUCUUCCAACGCCACCCGAGAAGGAGGUGGUCAUCGAGGAGGUGUUUGACUUCCUGCUGGAGUACCCCAGAGAGAGAAAGCUACUCCACGUCAUUGGAUUCAUGAUCUCAUUGGCUGAAAUGACCAAUCCUCCCUGUACUACCUACAUAGCUAUUUUGGAGCGUCUUCAAAGCAUCAUUGGGUCCGUUCCUCCUGACUUGGAGCCACACAUCAGGGCCGCAGUGGACAUAUUUAUCCGAAUUGCCCCACGAGAUUGUCUGCCGAAAGAAAUUCUGUGCAAUCUGAACAUCGUCAAUGCUACUGACGUCUGCAAAGGAAUCAACAGCUCUGAGCUUCAAUUGCACUUUGACACAUCAUCGGACGUCCCCUGCGACUUCACCCUGGAGGAAUAUGCUUGUGCAAAGCUGCCAAACUUCACGCCCAAUCAGCUGGCAUCCCUGAUGUCAUGUGGUGUGUCCAACGUAAGCAAGCAUUCCGUAACGCUGUGGAAGAUCGUGCUCACUAAUCAUAACGCCGUCUUGGAUCCGGCUUUGGACAUCCUGGCUGAUAAGCCUAUAAAUGAGAUUGUAGCGUCAAUGCAAGCCAUUUUGGAUGUGAUCGGAGAGAUCCGACUGGCAAUGCUGAGUGAUGAACAGCUGAAUAACAGCACCGUCAUCGCCAAGUGGUUCUCCAGGCGCCUCGCACGCUUCCUGCCUGUGGCAUCGCCGAGUUUCCUGCGAUGUCUGAGCCUCAGGAAUUUCAGCUGUCAAGCAUAUCAACAAAUUUUGCAGGCGUUCGCACAAACCUUUAACAGCGUGGACUCGUUCUGGGAUCAGUUGAUUUUGGAGGAAUUUAUCAAGCGUUUUCUGUCUCGUCCCCACUCAGGCCCUGGCUGUCUCUCCGGAUACAACAGCAGUGCCGAGUGGUUGAUGGACAACGUGGGUCCAUAUUCCCAGUAUUUGUCUCUCCAAGAGAUCCUGAUGCUUAACCCAGAGUUCGACCCUCUAGAAGCGCUUCCACUUCUGACUGCAACACAACGAGUGCAGCUGCUCUUCUUGCAGCUUCCCAGUCUUCCUGAACAGGGUGUUAUCAUCAACCAACUGUUUGAUCAACUGACUGAAUCACCCGAGGAGCAGAAGAGCAUCCCUGAAUUUCUCGCACGCCUUCUUGGUUAUCUUGAUAAGGAUUCCAAUGGAAACUUUUCCUGUUCCUCAUACAAAACACUAUUUGCCAGACUGGACUUGGCUGUGGUGAAAGUUCCACUCAAUGUGGCGUCAAUCAUCACGGACAGAAAGAGAGAGCUGUCCAAACUCAUUCCCCCUGGUUGCAUCAUAUACAGCAGUGAGUGCAACGUGACCUCAUCCAAUGAGACGGAGAUUUGUAUGGGAGUCAACAGCACAGCGCUCCAGCUCCACCUGGACAACAACACGUUGGAGGGACGUUUUUGUGACUUUGCAGUGGAGGAAUUUGCAUGUGCAUCGCUCGCAUUGCUAACAGCCCAGGAUCUGGCCAUGAUAUUAAACUGUAACCGCUCGGCCAACGCCAGCGGCUCCACGCCCAUCUGGAAGCUCCUUCUCUCCAAGACCUCUCAUGUGCUCAAUCAGUCUCUGGAGCUUCUCGCCAACAUGACGUAUGAUCCCCAAAAUCCUGCGUCAUCUGUGAUUUUGGACGCUAUUGGAGAAGUCCGUUUGAACUUCUUCCCCGAUUCCUUCAUUAACGAUCCUGCCUUCAUCGAGCUCUGGUUCAACCGCACGCUGCGCCCAUUCCUACCCGCAGUCUCCUUUAACUUCCUGUCAUGUCUUACAACCAAGAAUUUAACCUGCAACACCUACCAACAAAUUGUGCAGACGCUGAGUCUUGUGAAGCCAGACAUGAGCAUCACCGUACAAACAAGAGUCCUAAGUCACUUCAUUAAGGUCUUCCUAACCCGUAAUGACACGGCUGAUCCCAGUUGUAGCUCACACAUCGACAACAGUGGUGAAUGGUUACAGCAGAACUUGGGAGCAUUCUCCCACUUGGUACUCUUCAGCGAACUGCAGAUGCUCCACUCCAACUUUACACCGAUGGAGGCCUUACCAUACCUAACGAUCCGACAGUUAGCUGAUGUGGCUUCCUCGCCUGGUCAGCUGGUUAGCCCUGCUAUGGUUGACAUCUUGAUGCAGCAUGUUCCUGACCACUUCCUGGCCAACUUCUUUGAUGAUUUCUCUCCUUCUAUCAUGAGUCAUCAAGAAGAAAUCCCAUCACCAGUGGGGUCGGCCAUGUUGGAGGUCGUGUUCGAUCGAGCGAAUCUCUCCCAUUCGUCAAUCAACGAUUCUGUGGUCUCAGUGUGGCUCCGCAGUCGACUAGGCCCCUUACUGUUCAACAUGUCUCAUCAGCACGUUUCCCCGUUCUUCGAGAUCCUGGCGGGAAGGAACUGCAGCCUCGAGCAGGAAGGAAUCAUGAACCUGAAUAUGUCCAUAUCCAGUCUCACUGCAGUUACACAUAAAGAAAUACAUAACCACAUCAUUCAGGCUCUUCAAGAGCCCACACUCCUACGUUGCUACGUCGACGGCCACAGUUACUACGACUUCCUGCAGAGUUGGUUCUUGGGUUUCCAGUUGCCCAACCUGACCACCUUCCUGUCCCUCAUGCCCGAGGACCGCAUGAAUCAGUUGGUGAACUCCAUCUCUCCAAUGGAACUUGGAGACUACCUCCGCCUUCCUGACAUUGUUGACGACAACACCACACUUUGCUCCAUCUUCAGCAACUAUCACUUGACACCUUCGUUCGUGGAGCUGGAGAUGCUCCCAGAGGCGGUGCGAGAGCCGAUGUUGCCGUGCCUCUGGCCCAUCGCUCUCAGCAACACCACGAGAUCAGAGGUCGACGCCUGGUUUGACCAACGUCUCCGCAACUACUUGGGAUUCCUCACAAAGAAUCUUCUCAGAAGCAACGACACGUACAACGCCACCUGUGUUGCUUUCCAGAAACUUGUCUCAGUUCUUGGCAAUUUCCGCUACGAUGGUGUGGACUUUGCGAGGCGAGACGUGUACGAUACGAUCACAACAUACCUCAACUCUGCGACAGAGCCACGGUGUUAUGACGCAAGCGACCCAGAGCUGAACUCGACAGCCUGGUUCGCGGACUACAUCGGACCCUUCAUUGACUUCAUCAGUUUGCACGAUUUGCUUUUCACAUUCGGAUCAGCAGAGGUUCUUCAGGUGUUCACCGUGGACCUCCGGAACAUCGCCAUCUUCAACCAAACUGCUGUGCCUGUCAAUGUCACCAGCUACUACACAGAGCUGCUAUACAACCAGGACAACAACUUCAACCCUCUACUCCUUCCACUGCAGUUUCGUUGCUUUGCGCCGGGGACAGCCUUCAGCCAGUUGUCAGCAGACGAGACCAUGAUAAUUCUUUACAACCUGACCACCCUCUGCACCAACUUGGACCCCCAGGUGUCUUCUGCUUUGGCGAGUAACUUUGGGAACACGAUUGACGCUUCAGCCAUCGCAGCCCUCGGCCGUGAAAGCGCCGGCAUUUCCCAGGGCCAGCUCCAAAGCGUCAAACCCGAAGACCUACAUGCUUCCCUGGACACCCUUGCCAUAGUGUCCGACUGGAAUGAAGGCCAGGCCAAGGCCAUUAUUCUGUCUCUCAUAUCCUCCGGGCUCAUUCAGAUCAAUAAUGCAUCGUCACUAAUUAAUCUGGGCUCUCUUAUCAUCGGCAUACCCGCAAAUAUCUUCAGCAACAUCAGCAGCUCUCAGUUGAUCAGCGCAUCCCAGAACCCCUCAUUCCUGUCGCACCUCUUGACAGCCUCGCCAAUCAUCCACCAGGUCUUUGUGUCGCAGAUCAUCUUAGUCAACAGCAAUAGUGACGUUAUCAUAGAGAACGUUCCGGACGAUUUGGCAACGGAGAUCCCUCCCAUUCUGCUGCUGGACUUUAGCUCAAAUGAGAACAUUAUUGGCAAGCUCAACAGGAAGAAAUGGAGACGCACGCAGGCUGAGCUCUUCUUUGAGGUGGUAGCCAACCUAACAGCGACGGAAACGCUAGGAAGUCCGGACAAUUUGUCGUCAUCUGUGCUGCAAGGCUUCACGUGCACCGCAGUGAGGACUUUUCAAAGGUCGCAAGUAAACGCGCUAAUCAAAGCGUGCCGCAGGAGAGGCACCAACAAGGUCACUCUAGUGGAGACGCAGCUAACCUGCAUGUACAACCACAUCAGAGAGGAGGCAGAUGUCACCAGUUUUGACCUUUACCCUCCAGAUGUGCUGCUGUAUUACAACUAUUCCUUGGUGCCGCUGGCCAGCUGCAAGUCGUACUUUGAGGAGCUGUCGGAGGCAGACUUCUCCGUAUUCUCCCCAGAGCUCCGCUACAAAAGGGAUGAAUUGUUUUCUAACGCCAGGAGUUGCCUGGCCAUCACCAGCACCAGCUUGACCAAUGACCACAUAUCGGUGCUGGGAAACAUGUGCUGCAUUCUGGAGGGCUCCUACAUCAGCACCUCCAACUCAUCCAUCCUGGACAAGCUGCAGCAAUGCUCAGACCUCACGGCCGAUCAAGUCGCUGCCGUGGAAACUCUCCUGCAGAGCGGGAACACGCCACUCGGUCCUCCAUCAACAUGGACCAAAGCCACCUUGGAGGAUCUUGGACUGUUGCCUCUUUUUCUGACUUCUAACUUCUACAAAAACUUUGACAAAACAACAAAGCGGAGUUUCCUGAAGGACUUCCUGAACGCUCUCAGGCGAAUGCGUGUGGAUCGACAGAAGCUGAAGAGCUUGAAGACGGCAAUUAGAAUGUCCAAUCAAAACAUGGUCAAGCGAUCAGUCGCUAACGAGUGCAUCGUGGGCAAUAUCACCCAAGUGACCAUCGCUGAGGAGACCUUCCCCUUCGACUAUGAUGACAUCAACCAGUUCAACUGCUGCCUCAGCGCUGACACCGUCCGGGGAAACCUGGCCGCCAUCACGGACAAGGUGGACCAGGACGAGUACCUUCAGAUUGUUCUGGAAAAGCUGCGAGAGGCUUACGCCAGCCACGCAGCCAUCCCGGAGAAUCAGGUGGAUUUGUUAGGCUCGGCGUCACGUCAAGCCACCAUCACUGACAUCAACAUGUGGACCAUCACCCUAAUCGACACACUCUCUUCUCUAAUGGAUUCUUCCAACGGGCCCUGGGACCCCAAUCUGGCUAAGGAGAUCAUCUCCAAAUAUUUGGGUCAGGACGGGAACACGCUGGGCACGGCGGAGCUGAACGCCGUAGGAGGAGACAACCUGUGUAGCCUGGACACGAGUGUCCUUCAGAGUAUCUCACCACAAAGUCUAAGAAACGCGAGCACCUUGAUUAUAUCCAUCUGCACCCUGGAGAAGAAGCAAGCUCUCUUUAUCAUCGCCAGAGAAGCUUUUGGAGAAACGACCACGCGCUCUACCGUCGCUAUAUCCGACUACAAGCUGAUGCGGCCUUAUCUUGGGGGAGCGCCGCUGGAUUACCUUCGAAGUCUGGUGACCUCCGACGUCAACAUGGAUAUGGAAACUUUCAUUUCACUGAAUCCAUCCGUGGUUUUGGCCCUGACUGUCGAUGACGUCCGCGGUCUUCUCAACGCCAACUUGCCGGAGUUGAAGUCCUACGAGAAUCAGGCGUUGGUGCAAGAGUGGAUUCGGAACCAGAGACAGUCUGAGCUUGACACGUUGGGGGUGGGGCUUCAGGGAGGCAAAGCUGACCCCACAAGCGCCCCUCGUCCUACAGUCACACCUGGAUCCGGGACUGGCUCUACUACCGCCUCUCCCUCACCAUCUAGUGCCAGUGGGGGCCGCCUGAGAGCAGACCCCGGCCGUCUCUUCCUCCUCGUCCUGGGCCUCCUCAUGGCAUCCGUGCAUGUCUACCAAUGAAGGAGCAGCACCUGAUCUUUUCUAUGACUGAUGAAUACAUUCUUCUUUUUUUUUUUAUGAUCAAAUUAAAAUGACACACCAACAUGGCCCUCCAAAGUCCGUUCUCUCUUCUCAUGUAACAAAAAUGACUGCUAUUAAUCUUUACAUUAUUUUAUGAUGUACUGUACGUCUUUUAGAUGCCAUUACGUGUGCAAUAAUGAUUUACUUCAUGUACUUUUGACUGCUUGCAUUUUUUAAUAUUAAAGUCCUGCUUCUGAGAC